AUGUUAUUCGGUCAUCUCUUCACUGCUUUGGCAUUCGCCGCCAGUGCAUAUAGCACGCAAAUGCCCCUCCAUAUGUCUUCCAUCGGCCAUCGCGACUUUACGACCCUCACCAAUGCGCGUUUCCCCGAUCAUCGUAUCCGAAUCAAGCAGACCGCAUUCUGCGACCCCACUGUCAACGUUUAUACGGGCUACCUCGAUGUGGACGAAGGGGCAAAACAUUUGUUUUUUUAUUUCUUCGAGAGUCGGAGAGACCCUGCUACUGACGAUGUCGUGAUGUGGAUAAACGGCGGUCCAGGCUGCUCUUCCGCCACAGGGCUACUCAUGGAAUUAGGCCCUUGCAACAUCGACCUUGACUCCAAUGGCACGACCUUUAAUCCCUAUUCAUGGAACAGCUUCACGAACAUUUUCUUCCUGGAUCAACCGGUUGGCGUUGGUUUUUCCUAUGCCGACUUCGGUGAGACCGUAGAGACGACAGAACAGGCCGCGAAGAACAUUUACUCCUUUAUAUCCCUGUUUUUCGAAGCAUUUCCGCAAUUCGAGGGUCGCGCCUUGCACUUGUCCGGGGAGUCAUAUGGGGGUCGAUAUUUACCUGUCUUUGCAAGCGAAAUUUACGACCAGAACAAGCUUGCGACAAUCGAGGGACGACCAGUUAUAAACCUACAGAGUGUUAUCAUAGGUAAUGGGAUAACAGACAUCUCUACAUUAUAUCCUGGACGAUACGAAAUCGAAUGUGGUCGGGCCGCGUUAGACGUGCCUUUCCAAACAAUCGGUAAUUGUGUCAGGAUGAAAACUGCGCUUCCUCGUUGCCAAAAGCUUAUGAAGGAUGGUUGCAUCGAUAAAUUUGACAUGGUCGACUGCGCUGCAGCAGUAGCAUUCUGCGACACCCACUUGUCGACUGCAAUGUGGGCAACAGGUCGAAACGUCUACGAUAUUUCCAAGCCGUGCCUCGGCUCCAGUGGCUGUUACCUCGAAGGAGACGCGAUAGCAAAUUAUCUGUCCAACUCUACUAUCCGAGAAGCUCUGGGUGUAGACACAUCCGUGCCAACACCAUUUGUCGGCUGUUCCAACACUGUCAGCCGACUCUUUGUCUCGCAUCUAGACAAAUGGGCUGUCCCAAACCACUUCUACAUUGCUGGUCUUCUCGAGCGCGGAGUUCGUGUGCUUAUAUACGCGGGAACACUGGACUGGCAGUGCAAUUGGGCGGCCAAUCGGAUGUGGGUCGACAAACUAGAAUGGAGUGGGGCAAAGGAAUAUCGAGCAUUGGAAUGGGCGGCCUGGAGCGCUGGCGGGAAAGGCACGAAGGCCGGAGAGGUGAAGCAGAGUGAGGGGCUACCGCUGGCGUUCGUAACGCUAUAUGGUGCGGGACAUAUGGUCCCCCAUGAUGUUCCGGAGGAGUCACUUGAAAUGCUUUCGGCCUGUUUCCUCUUGGAUCUUCUCAAUUUGAUGUCGGCACAGAAUCUUCCUGCUCUGUUGUCCCGAAUACGCCAGCUGCUGCCUGCGUCGCUUCCCCCAAGUGCUGCCUACAUACUUCCAGCAUCGACCUUGACUGCUCUGGGCCAUCCAACGCUCUUGGGGCCGCUUUUCACCCACGUCGCAGGGGAUGACCCCAAGACCGUAUCGCUACACCUCCGCGAUGUGCUCCUUAAAGAGUGGACACUCAUUGGCAUUCCUCUGGUCAUCACCGCUCUUGCCUCGCUUAGCACAGCAGAACAGUCGAUGGGUGUAUUUCCGGACAAUCUGUCCACAUUCAAAAACCCGAGAUGGAACGAUAAUAACAACGGUCCAGCACCUAUUCUCUCGGAAAGAUACCAGUCGGGGAAUCUCGAUGUCGCGCCGAAUGCCCCCAUCACUAACCGCGGCGCAACACACAUCCAAAAGCUCUAUGGUGCAGCCGGGCUUGUCACAUCCACUUUUGGACAAGUUAUUGUAUCAGACCUAUAA